AUGUUGACUGGUUUGUUCAGCUGGGCCUCGCUGUUGUUCGAGCCACUGUCCUCCCAGGUCCCUCUGAUUGAACCUCAACCGCGACUCAAGGCUGAGAAUCAAGUUGCUCUCCCUACCCAGGGACCGUGGCAGGAUAUCAUCACCGGUCACUAUGGCAUACCUCCCAAAUUGAAGAUCCACGAUCGAAAGAGCGUCGUCAAAUGGAGCUGGGAGCGACAGGAUGUCACCCAACCACUUCCCCCUCGGAUUCGAAGCGGCCUGUAUAGCAAUGCGAACGAUGCGACCGAGUUGAAAUGGAUGCGAGGCGGGAAAAGUGUGGGUGCAAUCUACAGCAAUCUCGUCGUCGUCAUCAACCACACUCCCGAUCACCCCUCCACUGAUAAGCAAAUCACCUUUGCCCUCAGCAGAGAUAGCGAUGACUUGCGGAAUGCCCACACCCUCGAACCCUUACCUGGGGAUCGCCUCGCAGUAGCGACGACCGGCCAGCGACCCUGGGAUGGUAUCUUGGUCUAUAAUAUGAGCUCCGCUUUACCCCUUGUCGAUGAACCCCCCGUACUACAGAGGAUCGAAGGUCUGCGUGCGAUUCACGCGAUGAUCUGGGACGAGAAGCUUCAGAUGCUGUGGGCCACAGGGACCGACGCCGCCGCAGAUGGCUCGGAUUCCGUCCCUGCCUACGGCGUGAUUCAGGGAUACCCGUUCGAUGCCGCGACGGGUAAACUCCGCGAGGAUGCAGCCUAUCGCUUCCGAUUCCCUGAGUAUUACGACAUCGAUGUCGAAUGGGGCCAAGGGUAUAGUUGGUGGGCUGGACCGCAUGAUCUCGUGCCCGUUCCCAAUGAGCGAACUUUCCUCGUCUCAAAUGAUAUCGGGCUCCAUGCCUUUGAUAUCGAAACGAUGCAAUUUAGCGCUGCCUACGAGGAAGUUACCGAAAAAUAUAUGCCUGGAUUCGAAGUUACCACCAACGAUCGCCAUGGAAUCAAUCGCCAAGGACAAUAUGAGGAGUUACCGCAAUCGGACCUAAAAGGCUUCAGUCUCGCUCCGGAUGGAAGCUUUUUAUACAUCCAGUCUUUAUGGCGACUUUACCGAUCGAACCAUACCAGCCUCGUCGUCGACGGUGUGCGUCACCAGAUUAUGAAAGGCGAUGAAAUCUAUCGGUCGCGUUGGUUCGGGGACAUUGAUGGCUGGCCCAAACCAACAACAUGA